AUGGAUCACAUGGUCGACGAUUUUGAAGAGAAGUGGCACGAAACUCGAGCUUCGCUUACACGUCCGGGGAGUGGGACCACGGCUUCUCUACAGAGGAUGGCAUUCGCAGUCCCAUCAACAACCACACCACGAUCACCUCAAUGGCAUGUACAGUCGGCCAAUAUCUCCAUCCCCGCCAACCUGAUGCGCUCCCAUGUUGAAAAAUGCUUUGCUUACAACCAUGUGCCUCUGAAUCAAGUCAAUGCUAAUUCUCAAUGUAGAAAAAUGUUCAUUGGCGGGUUAAACUGGGAGACAACAGAAGAUUCCCUCAAGGGCUACUUUACACAGUUCGGCGAGGUCAGCGAGUGCACUGUCAUGCGCGAUUCCGCCACUGGCCGCUCACGAGGCUUUGGUUUCCUCACCUUCCGGGAUCCCAAGUGCGUCAACAUCGUCAUGGUCAAGGAGCACUAUCUCGAUGGCAAGAUUAUUGAUCCCAAGCGAGCUAUUCCCAGAGAGGAGCAGGAAAGGACGAGUAAGAUUUUCGUUGGAGGUGUCAGCCAGGAGGCUACAGAGGAAGACUUUACCGCUUUCUUCAAGCAGUUCGGUCGUGUCGUUGAUGCUACACUGAUGAUGGACAAGGAGACAGGAAGACCCCGUGGCUUUGGUUUCGUCACCUUCGACGGCGACGCAGCAGUUGACGCCACCCUUAAAGGACCUCUUCAAAUUCUUGGUAAACCCAUCGAAGUGAAACGCGCCCAGCCCCGCGGCAACAUGCGCGACGACGAUGGCGGUGACAACAAGAAGUUCGGCCGCAACAAGUUUAACAAUCGCGACAAUGGUCAUAACAACCAUCACAACAAUAACAACAACGGCGGCUAUGACAACCAGCAGAACCAAGGUCAAGCUGGCGCCAGCGGCAUGAGCCCCGCCAUGAUGGCCCAGUACUGGCAACGCAUGCAACAGUACUUUCAGACCAUGCAGCAAUCUCUCGCCCAGCAACAACAAGGCCCGAUGGCCAACCCCAUGGGCGGCAUGCCAGGCGGUAUGAACCCAAUGGCCAUGCAACAAAUGCAACAACAGAUGAUGCAAGGCGGCGGCAUGAACCGCAACACGGGCUCUCCCAAUCCCCAAAUGAUGGGCCAAGGCGGCAUGAACCCAAUGGCCAUGCAACAAAUGCAGCAAAUGCAAGCCAUGCAAGCCAUGCAGCAAGGCGGCGGCGGAGGAAACAACGCAGGCAAUGGUGGAGCCGCUGGAGGAGGUGGUAAUGUAGGAAUCCCCCAACACGGCCCCGCAUUCAAUGCACAAGACCAACUCAAGUUUGAGCAGCAGAAACUCGAGCAGCAACUUGCGCGCACCCAGCAACGUUCCUCGGGCUACCAUGCCACCGGCGGUCCCACGGCCUGGGAGGGCAUGUACGACGAUGCGCCCCAGCCGCAUAUCCCGUCUGGACCUGGUCGUGGUGGCGGCGGUAGCAGCGGGGGAUUCAACAAGGGUGGGAGUCGCUCCAGACAGGGUAGUAGCCAGCCGCCUGUUACGCCCGGUCAGGCGCCAAUUAAUGCGCCCACAGGACCUAAGAAUGCGGGCAAGCCGGGUGCGAAUUAUAGGGGCGGUGGGAGGGGUCAGAACUACAGACAUCAGCCUUAUGGGGGCGGAAGGGGUGCUUAG